AUGGUAGAUACACGUAGGACACAGUCGGCUAAUAAUAAUAGCAACCCGGACCAACCUCAAGAGCCCCUAGACAAUAAAGCAUUCUUAAGGGAGCUAAGGACAUUGGUAGUCCAAAUCAGUCAGCAAGUUCAGAGACAUGAGCAACAGCUGAAUGAAAUGAGACGAGAUGAGGAGCCCGUCCAAGAAAAUGGGCAUAUCAAUGCUAAUGAAUCAAGUGGCCAUCGUUCUGAAGAAGCUCACCACACUGUUAUGGAGACUGGGGAUAGUAGUCAGCAUGAACAGAAGAAGGAGCAGCCUAUUAGUGAUGUAUGGAGGAAUUUCAAUAGGUGUGAUCCGCCAACAUUUAAUGGCACCUUUAAUCCCUUUAAGAGUGAGGCUUGGAUCGACCGUUUGGAAACUAUCUUCACCUUGGUCCCAUGCACCUCACAUCAAAGGGUGCAAGUGGCGGAUGUACAACUCGUUGAUGCUGCUAAGAGAUGGUGGGAGAGUGUUAGACCAUCUGAUGGCACUUUCCCUACAUGGGAGGUGUUUAAGGAGAUGUUCUUUCAGCACUAUUUUCCUUCAGCCCUCCAAUCACUGAAGGAGACAGAGUUCUAUGCUUUUCAGCAAGACGACAUGGAUGUGGAUGCUUUCAUUGCCAAAUUUCUAGAGUUGAUUAAGUAUACGGCUUAUGGACAAUCUGAAAAGAAUAGCAAGUGGAUGGCAGACAGGUUGUUACAGAAGGCUAGACCGGAGUUUAGACGACAGCUAGUGCCACUCCAGAUUGAUUCUUUUGAUGACAUGUGUACUCGACUUCGCCUCCUUGAUGCUGAGAUUAAGGGUUAUGGCUAUGAAAUUGAGCCAAAGAGGGACUCCCAGGGCCGUUUCUCUUCCUUUAUGAGGCCUAGUGGUGGGAUUGGCAAGAGAAGUGGGUUCAAUCCAGGAAGCUCUAGCAAGAAGAGCCGCUUCCAGAACAGACAGUCACAGAGGCCCCCACUUCCAAGGGGUAAUGCUAGUGGGAGCCAAUCAUCAUUCAGAGGCUCUACUAUUUCUGCACCCAGCACCGCACGUUCUCUAGCAUGUUCUAAGUGUGGCAAGCAUCAUCAGGGCAAGUGUUGGACUUGCUUUACUUGUGGCAAGGUUGGACAUAUUUCUCGCUAUUGCACUGCAAACAAACAAAGUGCACCGGAGACCCAAUCUACCAUUCCCGGUCGUGUGUUUGCGUUGACUCAAGAGGAGGCCGGUGCGUCUCCUAACCUGAUUAGAGGUAUCAUUUCUCUCCAAGGUCACAGUAUACAUGCAUUAUUUGACUCUGGUGCUACACAUUCUUUUAUUGCUUUUGAAUGUGCUAAGCGAUUGAACUUGCAUGUUUAUGAUUUGCCUUUUGAUAUGAAUGUUUCGACACCUGCUGGAUCUUCUGUAAAAACUUCAAAUGCAUGCUUGAAUCUUGUGUUGGAGUUUGAGAGUCACAAGACAAAGAUUGAUUUGAUUUGUUUGCCCCUUAAGGGUCUUGAUGUGAUUGUGGGUAUGGAUUGGCUAACAGCUAAUAGUGCCACGCUUGAUUGUAAAGCAAAAACUGUUUCUUUGCCUAUGCAUUGCAUGCCUAUAGAGGUGCCUAGUGGCCCUCCCUGUUAUCAGCUGUUCAAGUUGAAAGUUGUAUAA